UCCAAUUAAAACGCCUAAAUGAAACUACUAAAAUGUGUAUUCCUAAAAAAUAAACAAGUGUCCUCCAAAUUUUCAAAUAUCAAUAUGUUCUGCGCAUGCGCUAGUCCCCUACAUCUAUUACCAGUUAAGUGACGUAGUGACAUAUUCAAAUGUUCUCUUCUUCCUACACUGUUUACCUUGUUCACUGCUGCUAUGUGUGCUAGGGCAUGUAGCAACAAAUAGAAUAUCGAUUCAAUUGAUAAAAAAAAAAGGUGUAACUCAGGCAUUAGUUAUCCCGUAGCGUGAAUAUUUCGCUUAAUCCGAUUCAAAAGUGCUUACAACUUUAAAUUGAGUAUGGCUGAAGGGACAUACGAAUAUGAAUGUAUGAGAGCGGAAUUGUUAGGCAUAGAGAAGCCCAAUGAGGAGGAGUUCGAGAAGGCGCGCACAGAGCGCUUGAGACUUGAGCAGGAGGAAAAAGACGCCGCCGAGGCUGCGCUUCUAGAACAACAGGAGGAUCAAAUGCAAAAUGUAGGUGGUCGUUUAGAUGAAUUGAAUACGAUACUUUCAUCUACGCAACAAAAAUUAAAUCGAUUCAAACAGACAGCUUGUGGCAGCCUGUCGAAUAUAUUCAGUCGAGGUUCAGUAGAUUUAGCAGAUGGUACACCUUCUACCUCGGCGACAGCCAGUCGACGCAACACCACCGCAACUGGUAGCUCGGUUAGUGGUCAUAAUAAUGGAAAGAUUGUCUCGGACAUAAAUAGUGCUUCACAAGAUCUUGAUGAUAUGAAACAAGGGGAAGAUGCAGGAGACAUAAAGCCCAUUAUACCGACAGAACGAAUUAGGGAAGCCAAAAUAGAUAUGCAGAAAAAGAUGACCUCACAUUUAGACGAAUUAGAUGCAUUAAUUAAUAAGGCCGAUAAUGCAGAAAUUUCAAUGUCAGAACAAACAAAGCAAAUGCGACGUAUGGCAAAGUAAAGUGGAGAAGGCAGUGACAAAAUGUGAGAUUAGUAGGUUACUGAUUUCUAAGAAUUACUUGUUAAAUAAAUAAUACUCCUAAAAUGUAAUAAGUGUUAUAAAGUAAUUAUUAUAAAAAAAUUUAAAUUCAUGAAUCAACUGAAUUAAGUUCGUUAAUUAAAUGAACCCAGUAUUCUACAGAUUUAAUUUAAAUUUAUUAUGAAAAUUGAAACACAUACCAUACGUUACUAUUAAGAGUUAGUUCAGCAUGAUUUGUUGAUUUAAUAAGACGUCUAAUAAAGCACAUACGUAAACAGCAAAUACUGAGAAUGAAAAAUCCCAAAGAUGAGGCCUCUAAGCCUUAAGAAAUAUUCAAUCUCGCCUCCUGCUUUCUACCAAAACAUAUAGAAAUGAUUGUUUUUGUAGUACGUCUAACAAAUCUAAAACAAAAAUAAUAUUUGGAAUUCUCAUUACUAGACAACGUUUUUUUUUUUUUUAGUUAACUAUCAGGUAUCUUCUGCAAGUCUUACGAUUUCAAAUCGAUUUACAAACUCUAUUUCAAAGGAUCUACAACAAUACUUUGCAUACAUGCCUGUAAUACUAUAUUCACAUUAGAGCAUAAAUUACUUUGUUUCGAUCAAAUUACUUCACUUAAAAAAAGUAAGUUCACAUUUUUUCACAAUUUCUAUAGAUAUGUCAUUAACACGUGUAAGUACGGAGUAGGCGACCCCUUAGAGGCGCUGAUAAAGCUGAAUAGGAAACGUAAGCAUAAAUAUCGAGGACCAAAAAAAACACUAUAUUAUCUUUUCUUGUCUAGUUUAAUUCUUUUCGUCCACCAAUUUUUAUUGACAUUCUGUAAAUGUUAAGAUUUCGAAGCGAUAUGAACACAUUUUAUUUGACUACAAUACUUAGUAUUUCAGAUUAUAAUUAAAUUGCAAGCAUAAUUAUACACUAAAUACGUACAUUUACAAACAUAUGUACAUAUAUGAGAAUUUACUUAUUUCUGCAAUUAAACUUAUGUAGUAUGUAUACCAUUCUGAGUCUACUCCGAUUUAAAAUUAGAGACAAAUCAUACUAUUUAAUUGUUGAUUACAAUCAUAGAAAAAAUAAGCGCAUUGCAAGUUUAUGGUUAUAAAUAAACAUGAAAAUUGUGAAUAUAUGUAUGUACAUACAUAUGUACAUACGUAGAAAUGUAUACAUUCCAAAUAAACCCAUAACAAAGAGUUGUAAGCAAAUAA